UUUUCUUUAGCUGUACAGUUAUCUGUGGAAACCUUCCCCCUUCAGCCUGCAGCAGUUAAAGGAAUAUUUGGAAUACCAAAGUAUUUGUCACAGGGAUUUCUUUUUCUGAUCUCAAUUCUCCGCUGCCUCUCAAAGAAAUUAAUCAGAAUUUGAACCCAUCUCAUCUCAGGAUUGGGAAGCUGUUCUUCAAGAAGAUCAAAGAUGUUUGUUAAAGUUCAACUCUUCAUCUUCGUUCUAGGGAGCAUGCCUUUCAUAGCACUUGCUGAAGAAGCAAGCUCAGUUCUAGAAGGAGAAGAAAGUGCAACAAUUGAUUUCAGAGAAAAAAAUUACACAGAAUUUGAGGAAUUACCAACUCUGUUGCCCACAAGACUACAAAAUGUAACAAAUCUCUUGCAGUUUGGACAACUGAUGACCACAGAAAGUGCAUUUGACCCACUCGAUGUCAGUGAUAAUUCUACUGGUUAUGAAGCUAACACAGAAAAUGUUGAUGGUAGACUGAAUGGAGAACCAGAGAAAACUGAAAAAGGUGGUCUGGAAACAGUUGCACUGGUUGGAAUAAUUAUUGGAAUCAUAGUUGCAGUUGGAAUCCUUGUAGGAAUAAUCAUCGCUGUUGUAAGGAAGAUGUCAGGCAGGUACUCGCCCUGAAAAUAGUUGAAACAAGCAACCAUGCCAUUCUACACCAGAAAAUACCAGUGCUUCUUAUUUUAUAAAGACUAAAGACUACUCCUGUAACAGUGUGAGAAAAUGAUCCAUGGAAAAUAAGGUUAAAGAAUUCCAGAUCUAUGGGGAUGCCACACAGCCCUAAGGACUCCUUUCUCUUCUCCCUCCCUACUCCUACAGAGUAUGCAACAUCUCAUAAAAUUUUUACUAACCAAGAGUUUACUAGAAGAAAAGACUAUACAGUAAGAAAAAAACAGAAGCAAUGAGAUUUACAUCUGAAAUGUGAGUUGCAGGUAAUAUAUGCUAGCUUAAUUUUUUAAAUGCUACCAUAGAUUAUUUUGCAUUACAUUUUAUGCUUUUGUUUCAAAAACAUAUCAAAAAAUCUUUAAAGGGGUUUUGGCUGGUUAAGUGCUUGUGGCAUGUUUUAUCUACCAAACGAUGUAUCAAAAAGGAAGAAUUAGCUUCUGAGAGAAGCAGUUACUUACAAUUUUAGAAAAUACUAGAUACUGGAAGCUCAAAUCUUUCACUAUUGAAUACAGAUUUUUCUGCUCUUGAUACUUAAUGUUAUGUGGCUAAAUAUGGUAGGUCCAGCUGGAACUGACCUGCCAACUGAAAGCUUGCUCAGCUGACUAUUGCACCAGGAAUUUCCUGUCUUCCCUUCUUGCAGAGACAUGCAGGGAUUGAAAUAUACAUCCUGAAUUAAAGGGUGCUUGGAAAAUACCCAGUUUUGAUGGGUCACUUUAACCAGUUACUCAGCACACUUCACAGCUGACAUGUAGAAGCUUUUAAAUUAGCAUAUACCGUUUUUUAUCCUCUAUAACCAUCUCAUUUUCUACCUGUACAGUUGGCUUGUUGGAUAACAAGUGCAACACUAAAUGAGAAUGUUAGAGGCAUAAAGCAUUUCUGGAAUCUGUGGCUUUUCUGUGGCACAUGUAGUGCAGCAGCACCUGAAUGCUCAGAGCUAAGGCUUUGUAUGUGAAGUGGCUGCAAUGCAUCAAGGUUUCUAAAUGUUAAGGCACUUAAGUGUUUGGUGUGAAAUGGUCAAUAAUUGCUAAACAUGUCAACUUAUCUAGAUUUGCUUUUCUGUUUCUUUCAUGUGCCAUGAACUAUCAUAUCAAUCCAAGCUUUGGAAAUAAAAUUUAUACUGUA